AUGGCCGUCUGCCCAGAAGCGGCCCAUCCGGACAGAAGUGUUACGGAGGACCUUUCUGAUGAGACCUUCAAGUCCUUUGCUGAUGAGGUACAGAGUUGCUGUUCAUCCAGCUCCUCGGGAGGACGGCAACCCUGGCCGCAUGCCUCUGGGAGCAACCCGGACAGUGGAAAGCAGACUACAAGCUUGGAACAAGGAGACGGACAGUAUGAACCUUCGGACUUGGAAGAUAAUGAAACGAAGUUGAGUAAAAAAUGGAUCAGCUACCCCAAGGGUAAAGAAACGAACUCUGGAAAGCACUCACCAGACACUAAACUUAAAACAGAAAUCGCUCGGGUAUCCGAUGAGGAACUGAAUGCCCUGCAGUCUUUUUGCAGCAUUAAGAUAAACUUGAUCCAUCAUGGAGUGGACUCUAAGGAGAAGAAGAGCAGCGGACGUAAAAAGCUGCAGUUUAGAUGGGACGCAGAGGCUUCAGAGACAGAUGCCUUAAAUUGUACUGUCCCUGAUGAGCUUCUGAACAGAAUGUAUUUUAAAAACAUUAGGACAAGAGCAAAACAGGUGGCAGCAGCUAAGCAACAUAUUUCUUCUCAGUGUCCCAGUUGUAACAGGAAAAGAGCAGAGCUGGCCCAGUGUGCCUUCUUGAAACAGAAGAAGAUUUUACUGGAGUCACAUCUACUAGAAAAGAAAAUAGAUGAACAUCUUCAUACCAAAGACUUUCUCACCCGUGUUGGAGAAGCACAUCAGGACCUUCCCAGGCUUUCAGAUGACCCUAGAAUAAUCUGGGAAAGACUGAAUGAGAAAAGUCAGAUUGGAUACUCUGGUUGUGAAAGGUCAGGUAUAGAGCAGAAAUUGUAG